GUCGGGGGCGCGCGGCCGCACUCGGGCCCGGGCCCAUGGGCGCGCCGAGCCGGGCGCGGGGGCGCUGAGCGCGGCGGGCGCGGCCGGAGGAGCCAUGGACUGCAGCCUGGUGCGGACGCUGGUGCACAGAUACUGUGCUGGCGAGGAGAACUGCGUGGACAGCCGGACCAUCUACGUGGGGCACAGGGAGCCCCCCCCAGGUGCUGAGGCCUACAUCCCGCAGAGACACCCCGACAACAGAAUCGUCUCCUCCAAGUACACGUUUUGGAACUUCAUACCCAAGAACUUAUUUGAACAAUUCAGGAGAAUAGCCAACUUUUACUUUCUUAUCAUAUUUCUGGUACAGUUGAUUAUUGACACCCCCACGAGCCCAGUGACGAGCGGGCUCCCACUGUUCUUUGUCAUCACAGUCACGGCCAUCAAACAGGGCUAUGAGGACUGGCUUCGCCAUAAGGCGGACAAUGCCAUGAACCAGUGCCCGGUGCACUUCAUCCAGCAUGGCAAACUGGUCCGGAAGCAGAGCCGGAAGCUGAGGGUGGGGGACAUCGUCAUGGUCAAGGAGGACGAGACCUUCCCCUGUGACUUGAUCUUCCUCUCCAGCAGCCGCGGAGACGGGACCUGCCACGUGACGACCGCCAGCUUAGACGGGGAAUCCAGUCACAAAACUCACUAUGCCGUUCAGGACACUAAGGGGUUUCAUACCGAAGAAGAUAUUGACGGCUUGCACGCAACCAUUGAGUGUGAGCAGCCCCAGCCCGACCUGUACAAGUUUGUCGGCCGCAUCAACGUCUACAGCGAUCGGAACGACCCCGUGGUGAGGCCGCUGGGGUCGGAGAACCUGCUUCUCAGAGGAGCGACGCUUAAGAACACUGAGAAGAUCUUUGGUGUUGCUAUCUACACGGGCAUGGAAACCAAGAUGGCAUUAAAUUACCAAUCAAAAUCCCAGAAGCGAUCUGCUGUAGAAAAAUCCAUGAAUGUGUUCCUCAUCGUGUACCUCUGCAUUCUGGUCAGUAAAGCGCUAAUAAACACCGUCCUCAAGUACGUGUGGCAGAGCGAACCGUUCCGAGAUGAGCCGUGGUAUAAUCAUAAAACCGAAUCGGAAAGACAGAGGAAUCUGUUCCUCAGGGCGUUCACGGACUUCCUGGCAUUCAUGGUUCUCUUCAACUACAUCAUCCCGGUGUCCAUGUAUGUCACGGUGGAAAUGCAGAAGUUCCUGGGCUCGUACUUCAUCACCUGGGAUGAAGACAUGUUUGAUGAGGACACAGGCGAAGGGCCUCUGGUCAACACCUCAGACCUGAACGAAGAAUUAGGACAGGUGGAGUACGUCUUCACGGACAAGACCGGCACGCUCACGGAGAACAACAUGGAGUUCAAGGAGUGCUGCAUCGAGGGCCACGUGUACGUGCCGCACGCCGUCUGCAACGGGCAGGUGCUCCCCGACGCCUCCGGCAUCGACAUGAUCGACUCCUCCCCAGGCGCCAGCGCCAGGGAGCGAGAAGAGCUGUUUUUCCGGGCCCUGUGCCUGUGCCACACAAUCCAGGUGAAGGAUGACGAUGACGUGGAUGGACCCAGGAAGUCACCAGACUCAGGGAAGUCCUGUGUGUACAUCUCGUCCUCUCCCGACGAGGUGGCCCUAGUUGAAGGUAUCCAGAGACUCGGCUUCACGUACCUGCGGCUGAAGGAGAACUACAUGGAGAUACUGAACAGGGAGAACGGCGUGGAGAGGUUUGAAUUGCUGGAGAUCUUGAGUUUUGACUCCGUAAGAAGGAGAAUGAGUGUGAUUGUCAGAUCUGCUACAGGAGAAAUCUAUCUGUUUUGCAAAGGAGCAGACUCUUCAAUAUUUCCCCGCGUGAUAGAAGGCAAAGUUGACCAGAUCCGUUCCAGAGUGGAGCGCAACGCGGUGGAGGGACUUCGAACUCUGUGCGUUGCCUACAAAAGGCUGAUCCCCGAAGAAUAUGAAGGUGUUUGCACACUGCUGCAGGCCGCGAAGGUGGCCCUUCAGGAUCGUGAAAAGAAGUUGGCAGAGGCCUACGAGCAAAUAGAGAAAGACCUCAUUCUGCUUGGUGCCACGGCUGUUGAGGACAGGCUCCAGGAGAAAGCUGCCGAUACCAUCGAGGCUCUGCAGAAGGCGGGGAUCAAAGUCUGGGUCCUCACUGGGGACAAGAUGGAGACGGCGGCUGCCACCUGCUACGCCUGCAAGCUGUUCAGGAGGAACACACAGCUGCUUGAGCUCACCACCAAAAAGAUAGAGGAGCAGAGUCUGCACGACGUCCUGUUUGAGCUGAGCAAGACCGUCCUGCGCCACAGUGGGAGCUUAACCAGGGACAACCUCUCAGGACUCUCGGCGGACAUGCAGGACCAUGGUCUCAUCAUUGAUGGAGCUGCGCUGUCUCUGAUCAUGAAGCCCAGGGAGGACGGGAGCUGUGGGAACUACCGGGAGCUCUUCCUUGAGAUCUGCCGGAACUGCAGUGCCGUGCUCUGCUGUCGCAUGGCGCCCCUGCAGAAGGCCCAGAUUGUUAAAUUAAUCAAACUUUCAAAAGAGCACCCUAUCACUUUAGCCAUCGGAGACGGUGCCAAUGACGUCAGCAUGAUCCUGGAGGCCCACGUGGGCAUAGGUGUCAUUGGGAAGGAAGGCCGCCAGGCCGCAAGGAACAGUGACUACGCCAUUCCGAAGUUUAAGCACUUGAAGAAGAUGCUGCUUGUUCAUGGGCAUUUAUAUUACAUCAGGAUAUCUGAGCUCGUGCAAUACUUCUUCUACAAGAACGUCUGCUUCAUUUUCCCUCAGUUUUUAUACCAGUUCUUCUGUGGGUUUUCACAACAGACGUUGUAUGACACUGCCUACCUGACCCUGUACAACAUCAGCUUUACGUCCCUCCCGAUUCUCCUGUACAGCCUGAUGGAGCAGCACGUCAGCAUAGACACGCUCAGGAGGGACCCUUCCCUGUACAGAGAUAUCGCCAAGAAUGCACUCCUUCGCUGGCGCGUGUUCAUUUAUUGGACGUUCCUGGGAGUGUUUGAUGCCCUGGUGUUUUUCUUUGGUGCUUACUUCAUGUUUGAAAACACAACAGUGACCAGCAACGGGCAGAUAUUUGGAAACUGGACCUUCGGGACACUGGUGUUCACUGUGAUGGUAUUUACGGUCACACUAAAGCUGGCACUAGAUACGCACUACUGGACUUGGAUAAACCACUUUGUCAUCUGGGGGUCACUGCUGUUCUACGUUGUCUUCUCCCUCCUCUGGGGAGGGAUUAUCUGGCCCUUCCUCAGUUAUCAAAGGAUGUACUUUGUGUUCAUCCAGAUGUUGUCCAGCGGCCCUGCCUGGCUGGUCAUCAUCCUGCUCAUCACUGUCAGCCUCCUUCCCGACGUUCUCAAGAAAGUCCUGUGCAGGCAGCUGUGGCCCAGCGCCACAGAGAAAGUCCAGACUGAGAAUCAGUGCCUUUCUGUCGAGCAGUCCACCGUCUUUAUGCUCUCUCAGACCUCCAGCAGUCUGAGUUUCUAACGGAACAAGGUGAUGCUUUUCUGUCGUUCGGCAUGGUGGGGUUGCAGUCGCAGGAAGCAGAGGGCUGACCUUCCUGAGAGCCGUGCGCACACCCCCUCUGGGGAGUGUCCGGUCCCAUGGCGGAAGCCCUGGGGUGACCUGUGUCUUGAGAUGCAGAGAGGGCUGUGUUCUCUCCAUGCCAGGAACUCACCUGUGUGUCUCUCUGGGUGUCCAUUUGAAGUACCAGGUCCCCUGCCAAGGUGCAGCCACGUCCUUCCUGCGGGCGUAGGGCUGCACCGCCUUACACUGGCCACCGGGUGGGACUGGCUCCCAAGUCACAGGAGCCCAGGUGGGCAAAGUCACCUCAGCACUACCGGUCUCUCCUCAGCCCAUGGCGGAUGGAGGGCAAGGCCUCCUCACUCACAACCCCCUCUGUGGACCUAUUCUGUGUACAGGGAAACUGAGGCCACUACGUUAGAGUAUGCUCAGGACCCACAGAGCAUUGCAGAAAAGACCAGACUCGGGCUGAGCCACUCAGACUGUGGACUGUGUGUUGGGUCCAGUGUUUCUCCAAAUUGCCUUUUAGCUUAUUUUUAAAAAUCUGAUUAUUUUUAGACAAAGCCCUCUACUUUGCUGUAAACGGCGGUAGUGGCUUAUUUCGCUGCUUACACGGAAGUUUUCUGUGGCAGGCACCCAGGGUCACAGCCUGUUGCAGAGCCAAGAUUUUAGGCACGAAGUGUUGUCCAGAGAUGGCUUUCAGUCUGUUUUCAGCAGUUUAUUCAUGUACCUGAAUACCACGUUGACGUAUGCCUCAAAAUUAGUGAUGCUUGCAUCACUGUCUCCCAAGGCAGCUUAUUUGUAGGAAAAUACCUUUAAUAAUGUUUGAUUCUAUACAGUUGAAACACUUUUUUAACUCACAGGAUGGUACAUUUUUUUUAAUUUUAGUAAUUAUCAGCAAUCAAAAUUUUUGUUAAAGUGCCAUCAGAAUUUGCUAGAAUGAAUUACCUAAUUUCAUCUCACUGUCAACCAACUUACUUAAAAACAUCUAGAAUGCAAUUAUUAGGAACACCUUAAGUUACAGGAUGUGCUUGUGAAAUUGAUUAAAUCCUGUCAACUCUGGGCUAAAAAUCUAUACUUUCACUACGGAGGCGGUUUGUUAAGACUCCAUCUUGGAAGCCUGCCUCUAGCCGCUGGAGAAGGUUGGCGCUGGGCUCCCUGCAGUGUACUCGGCCACAUGGGGCGGCCCGCGGGUGUAGCCACACCACGGAGUGCCUGGCACACACACGGGUGGAUAUGCCUGUGCUUCUGGGGAGCCACCCGACGCCUGCAAAACUUUGGAGGAACAGAGCCUAGACCGGUCCUCACUUCAAAUGGACAGUUGUUUCCUCCCAUCUGUUCUGAUACAAAGAAAAACCUCACAGGGGCCAGGUUUCCAGUGUAGACCAAUGUGACCCAUAUAUGUGUAUUUCUGUCUGCAUUUAGCUGUAUUCUCUAUACGAUCCCACCUGUGCAAAGGGCAGCGACCGCACCUCUCUCCCCAGAAGACCUUGUACUUCCCGUACUCACGUCUCAGACCCUGUACCUGUCCACCUCUUAACGAUUCUCUUCUCCCGACCACUGAGAAACUAUUACGGUUGAACUAGAAAGCCGGCGCCGGGAGGCCUGGCCCCAUUGACCUGCGGUGCUGUGACUCCGGAACCCUUCAGGGGUCUAGCCUCAGGCCAGGAUUUCUGCGCUCCUGGAGUUGGGGCCAAGGGGCAGGGGACCAGGGUGUGGUACCUCCCCUUUGGAGCGAGUGUGGCCAGUCUGGCCCCUCUAGCCGGGGCUCCCCCACGGGCCCUCGGCCGCCCCAGCCCUCGGGCUCCAUCUGGUGAAGGGCGCCAUCAGGAAGACCCGCUCCUUCCCCGACGGUGCCCAUGUCAAGAGCCGUGCCCGCCCCACGGCCCCAGCCCACACAGACUUCCGCGGCCAACCACAUGCCCUUUGGGCACAGAGGGGCCCGGUCCAGCGGCGCCCACUGGCAGAGCAAACCCCACGUCGGCCACGAGGCCAGACUGUGCUCACGGACGGGAGGCGCUUCUGGGGCCG